GCGAUGACACAUAGACCUAAACAAGGGUUACCACAGCCCCUCUCAUCGCGUUCUGAUUUUGGACAUCACUUUUUUUCAGUUGAAAAGUACUUUCGGGAAGUUAUGCGCCGGCAGCGCCGCCGCUGUCCUUAUCCUUAUUUGAGCUCCGGGCAAAGACAAACAGAAAACCUAACCAUGUCGGAUCACAAGUUCUAAUGGAGACGUUAAUACGUCCUGGAGACAUCAAAAAGUCUCUCAUUCUUUGGUCGUGUUCGUCUUUUCUGAGGAUAUCUAACUGCGUUCGGAGGUAUCCCCCGUCGAAAAGGAAUUUGAUCAUCGUGGGUGCAUGUUGUGUGUACCUGUUUUUCGUGGUUUCCCAGGUUGGACAUUCGUUGCUGCACCAGGAUAGACGGUUGGGCAGACACGGGUACAAGAAGAGUCUGGGACUAUACACUCUGAAGUUCGAUGAUGAUAGCCCGUCGGAAACAGCCGACUCACCAACCGGUGCUAACGACGACUCUUUAUUACCCUCAGUGGUUCCAACGCGGUCCAAUGUGGUGUACAUAACACUAAAGUCAAGGCGCAUUAAACCAUCUAUUAUGAGGGGAACAGUGAGACCGAAACUAAGGAGAAAAGCGAGGAGAACCAAACCCAAUGAGGGAUUUACGCAAAAUAAAAUUGGCACAUUGAAGAGGGAGGAAUGGAGACAAAAGCGCACUAACCGAGUCGACAUAACUUGGAAACAAAUUAACACCAUAAAUCAUGCAACAGGAGAUGUAAGCUCGAAUUUAAAGAUGCAAACAGAACCUCACGUCAGUUCUAUCCGAAUAUACAGUGAGAGGGCACCGCCGUGGUUCAGCAAAGAGGACAUUAGUGCCAUGCGCUUUCUUGCUGAUGGUAAAGUUUCGCAUAUUCAUGAAGUGUCCCAUAAGGAAUUUAUCCCCCUUUUGCUGUUUGAAAGCACAUCAUAUUUGUCAUUGAUCCAUUCUGACAAACAGAACGAUUUCAAGGCACAUAAAGUGUGUAUAGGACAAUGUGGAGUUAUCAAAAGUCCAGUGGACACGAGCGAGGUUUUCGCUUUCCAUUUGGAUAGGGUCUUGGGACUGAACCGGAGCGUUGCCGCUGUCAGCAGGAAGUUUCCGUUUGUACAAGAUGGCCAGCCCUGCCCCGUGGUGCUGUGGGAUGGUUAUCUCUCUCCAGGGGACAAUGUAGAGGGCCAGUCCACUGUGAGGAUGACAUGGGGGGAGUACCAGAGCUCCCUCAAACAGAGGUGCUGGAACAGGAACGUCACGCCCAAGCCUAACUCUGGCUGCUCCAGCAUUCACCAUUAUGAGUGGAGCAAACUAGCCCUGUUUGAUUUCCUGUUGCAGAUAUACAGCCGAUUGGACCGGAACUGCUGUGGGUUCAGGCCUCGUCAGGAGGACGUGUGUGUGGAGCAGGGCCACCAUCUGGAAUGUGGGGACAUGGACAGUUUGACGCUGGCCAACAUCAUCCACAGGGAUCACGACCCCAGGCACUUGGUCUUCACUGAAAACAAGGGCUUUUUCGACCGCGACGAGGACAACUUGGACUACAGACUACUGGAGGGAAUCAAGGAGCUUCCAGAACAGGCAGUGGCUGUGUUGAUGAGCCAGAAGCUGAGGGAGAAGCUCCUCCAGUCACUGUUCCUGGAUCAGCUGUACUGGGAGAGCCAGGGAGGACGGCAGGGCAUCGAGAAGCUCAUCGACGUCAUUGAGAGACGGGCCCAGGUUCUCCUAACAUACAUCAAUGCCCACGGCAUCAAAGUGGUGCCCAUGAAUGUAUGACGUCACAGGGUUUGGAAAAGGAGAGAAAAUGGAGAGUAGAUAUAGACAUGGAAUUUGAUCUUCCACAAAGACCAAGCCAUUUGUAAUUUUUUUAAGUUCCCUUUCCGAAAGCCAGAAAAACAACGGGCCCAGGUUCUCCUAACAUACAUCAAUGCCCACGGCAUCAAAGUGGUGCCCAUGAAUGUAUGACGUCACAGGGUUUGGAAAAGGAGAUAAAAUGGAGAGUAGAUAUAGACAUGGAAUUUGAUCUUCCACAAAGACCAAGCCAUUUGUAAUUUUUUUAAGUUCCCUUUCCGAAAGCCAGAAAAACAACUUCCAUUCCUCGAAUCAAAAUAUUUGCCAGUGAAAGAACUACCAGGGUCUCGAGGGUUUUCACUCCAACAGGACAUACUGUAUUGGUUGAUUUGGUAUCAAGCCAGAAUCUCACAGCUCUGAAUUGUCAAGCUGAAACAUUACUCUUAGUAUUCAUUAUACAAAGUGGCUACAGUUCUGUAUUCAAUAACCCACCAGUCUUACUGUAGUCUUUUGCUUUGUUAUUAUAAUAUUUAACGUUACUCAUCUCUAGUAUAACUGUAAUACAGUAAACAAUUAUUUUUAGCAUUUCUUUGGGCCUUAUUCAUGUACCAUAGUGCUCCUCCGACUUCACCUUACAGUAGCCUACAACUCUUUGAUGGUUUAACAUCUGUCUAACUUGCCAUAAGAAAAGGACAUUAGUUAGAAAUUAUGUUUCAUUUGUACCGCUUAAGAUGUUAGUCCUCCAACAUUACCAAUUUCAUUGUUUAUAUUUAUUUUAAUAUUAUUUCAAAUGUUGAUCAAAAAAUACAUGUAAAUGAAAAUAAAUGUACUUUUACUUGAAAUACAUCAGACUUUGACCCAGAAACAAAUUAGCAUAACAUAUACAGUAGGCUGCCCCCUCUCUGGUCUUUCAACCAUUACAUCAUCAGCCUUAAAAGUGUCAGACAAAUCAAGGACAGAAAUAGUUGGUGCCUAUGAAACAUGAGCCAAAGCACUGUGUCUGUUUUGCAAGGCUGUUAUAAACAGGGUCUUGCGAUUGAGCCUAUAUAGACUAUGAAGCUUUGUGGGGUCAUUUUCCAUGUCAGUGCCGGGAGUAAGAGCGGUUGUUGUUUUAACUCCUUUGAACCCUCAUUAACACAGCCCUCAGUGUGUGUUUUUCAUGGAGGGCCCCACUCUUUCCCAGUUAGUUUCAAUGAGUCUAAGCCAGUGCUUCCAGGCUCACACGCAUACAUACCUAUACCUCCAUUGACAGUUUUCCCCUGCCUCUUUCUGCAUAUGGGUGGCAAGUAGCCUAGUGGUUAGAGCGUUGGGCCAGUAACCGAAAGGUUGCUAGAUCGAAUCUCCAAGCUGA